AUCACUAAGUUUCAAUGCACACAACCAGAACCAUAAGCCAUAUAGACCUUUCAGGUUGAGAAAAACGACGAAGAGAGAAGGAGCUCGUCGAUCAACCGCCGGAGCUCUAGCCGGAACCUAGCGCAGACUCAUACAAGAUGUCCUCCAGAAUUGCUCAAAUCCGCCUUGUGAGUUCACAUCCGCAAGUUUAUGAACCAUGCGAUGAUUCAUUUGCUUUGGUUGAUGCUCUGCUAGCUGACAGAACUAACUUGUUAGAGCAUCGUCCAACACUAUGCAUGGAAGUUGGUUGCGGUAGUGGUUAUAUCAUCACUUCUCUAGCUCUUAUGCUUGAACAGGAGGCCUGUGGGGCGUACUAUAUUGCCACCGAUAUCAACCCUCACGCGGUGGGAGUGACCCAUGAAACUUUGAAAGCACAUGGAGUUCAUGCAGAGUUGAUAACCACCGACAUUGCAUCAGGACUGGAGAAGCGGCUUGCAGGCUUGGUGGAUGUGAUGGUUGUGAACCCACCUUAUGUGCCAACAUCUGAAGAGGAAGUGGGUUGUGACGGGAUUGCCGCUGCUUGGGCCGGAGGGGAGAAUGGCCGGAGUGUUAUUGAUAAGAUAUUGCCUGUUGCUGACAAUCUUUUGUCGGAUCGGGGUUGGUUGUACAUGGUUACGCUUUCAGACAACAAUCCUUCACAAAUAUGCCUUCAAAUGAGAAAGAAGGGUUAUGCUUCUAGAAUUGUGGUUCAAAGAUCAACGGAAGAAGAAAAUCUUCACAUUAUUAAGUUUUGGCGGGAUUUUGAUAAUGAAAUGGAGGCAACUGACAAGGUGACUAUGAACAAAGCGGCUCCUGCAUGUAUCAAGGAUUCUUUACUUUCUCAAUUCAAUCGAUUGUCGUUCUGGAAAUAUACCUAGUGUGUUAAAGGUAAAGGUGCGAUUUCUUCAUUCUGGAUUUAUAGUUGUCUUUUGUUUUGCUUUUCUAUUUACAUAUUGUUUCCCCCGAGGCUAUUUAGAUAUUGUUAAUGACAUGUAGGACAUAAAUUUUUUGUGAAAUGUGAUGACACACACAUCGUUCCUUUUUUCAUGUUA